GGGGAAAAAUAAUUUUGGAGCAAAAAUGUCGCGUGUGGUUUUGUUUUGGCAAAAAUACUGACAUUUAUUUAUUCAUUCAAGGUGCUCGCUUAUUAGUGUAAGACUCUGCCUUUCCAAGCUGCUCUGAAGGCUGAGUGCUUGCCCUGCCAUCUAGUGGUGAUCCUUUGGAACUGCACUCAUUUUUAACUCAGGUUUGAUGUGAUGUCAAUCCCGGCUGUGACACUGCCAAGCACGAUGUGGCUUCUUUAACACCUUUUUUGCAUCACACGUCAGCCUUGUGAUUGGCCUGCAACCAUGAACAAGAUCAACCAAUCAGAGCGGCGAGUUGUAAAACUGGACCAAUCAGAGCGCGAGAUGUAGGCGGACCUCUUUGCCUGCAAUCUUUCGCUGAUCUGACUUCAGAUUGAGAGAAUUCAAGAUGGCCGCCGCCUCAGGCUCCAGGUGAGGGCGCCACUCUGAUCCACUUUCUCUCUUGCGGCUGACUGAAGCUCAGUGCUGCAUCCUCCCCGUCUCUGCUUCCCCGCGGAGACGCCAUGUCCUCCACGUCGUCCUGCUCCUCGUCAGGGGAGACGAGCCCAGAGGACGUUCCUCGAGGAGGAGGAACCAUCCGUGUCUACCUCCCCAACAAGCAGCGCACAGUGGUGAACGUGCGUCCAGGUCAGACGGUGCACGACAGUCUGGACAAAGCGCUCAAGGUGCGAGGCCUCAAUCAGGAAUGUUGCGCCGUUUUCCGCCUCCUCGAAGGUCGUAAAAGGCUGACCGAUUGGAGCACUGACAUCACGCCCCUCGUCGGAGAGGAGCUUCUUGUCGAGGUUUUGGACGACGUCCCCCUCACCAUGCACAACUUUGUUCGUAAAACCUUCUUUAAGUUAGCGUACUGUGAUUUCUGCCACAAGUUCCUGUUUAAUGGCUUCCGGUGUCAGACGUGCGGCUACAAGUUCCACCAGCACUGCAGCAGUAAAGUGCCCACCGUCUGCGUGGACAUGGAACGUUGUCCAGUCCAUGAAGUAGUUGUGUCCGAAUCCAUCCCCACUGACAUCCCCUUAACACCUGAGCCUGCAUGUUCAGCGACGCUCUCGCCACCCUCGGCGUUCCACUUCCCCAAUCCGGGAGGGGACGGUCAGUCUCUGCAGAGGCUUCGCUCCACCUCAACCCCCAACGUCCACAUGGUCAGCACGCUGGGGCCUGGAGCGGCCAACGUCAUCGAGGAGGCAUUAAAAUCCAACAGCCCAAUGGGACCAGAAUCCUCUCCUAAGCCCUCGACCAGUCCACCUCACCUGGGCUCUCCAGGACGAAAACCACCCAAAUCGCCCCCGGAGCGGAAACAAGCCCCCAUCAUGGACGGAAAAAGGGAAAGGAAUCAGCGCUACAGAGACUCGAGCUACUACUGGGAAGUGCCCUCGCACCAAGUAACCACACAGAAGCGCAUCGGCGCCGGCUCCUUCGGCACCGUCUUCAAGGGCAAGUGGCACGGCGACGUCGCCAUCAAGAUUCUGAAAGUGACCGAGCCGACGCCGGAGCAGCUGCAGGCCUUCAGGAAUGAAAUGCAGGUCCUGAGGAAGACGCGCCACGUCAACAUCCUGCUGUUCAUGGGCUUCAUGACGAAGCCGAACUUCGCCAUCAUCACACAGUGGUGCGAAGGCAGCAGCCUCUACCGCCACCUGCACGUCACCGAGACCAAAUUCGAAACCAUGCGGCGCAUCGACGUGGCGCGCCAGGUGGCACAGGGCAUGGACUACCUUCACGCCAAGAACAUCAUUCACCGGGACCUGAAAUCUAAUAAUAUCUUCCUGCACGAGGGUUGGACGGUGAAGAUCGGCGACUUCGGCCUGGCCACAGUGAAGUCUCGCUGGAGCGGCUCGCAGCAGGUCGAGCAGCCCAGCGGAUCCAUACUGUGGAUGGCUCCGGAGGUGAUCCGCAUGCAGGACCCGAACCCUUACACCUUCCAGUCGGACGUGUACGGCUAUGGCGUGGUGCUGUUCGAGCUCAUGUCCGGCAUGCUGCCUUACUCCAAUAUCAACAACCGCGACCAGAUCAUCUUCAUGGUGGGUCGAGGCUACCUGUCACCAGACCUCAGCAAGCUGUACAGUAACUGUCCCAAGUCCAUGAAGCGUCUCAUCAUCGACUGUCUGAAAUUCAAACAGGACGAAAGGCCGCUCUUUCCUCAGAUCCUGGUGUCCAUCGAGCAGGUGCAGGAUCUCUUGCCCAAGAUCGAGCGCAGCGCCUCGGAGCCGUCGCUGCACCGCGCCGUUCAUGCUGAGGACCUGAACCCGCUGCUGCUGCACACCACACGCCUCCUGCCUCUGUGAAACAAGAAGAUUCUGCACAAGAUUCUGUCCUCCGCACUCACUACACACACACGCGCGCACACACACAUUCCUGCUGUGCAUUCCUUGUCUCAGUAACACAUCAGCAAAACUUUCCAGUCAUUCCAUUUCUCUGUUUCAACAAGUGGCCCAUUGAUGGGAUUUAUUCCGAUUUUUAUUCUUUAAUUUGCAACCCAAGAGGCUCUUCUCUUCUCGUAUUUUUUUUUUUUUACUCGUAAGUACGGAAGCCGCGAGAGGCCCUUCAUAUAAUCUUUUUUUUUUUUUUUUUUAUUCACCUUGUUAUCCCGAGAUAACGACAUAAUUAAUUCAGGAUCUCGAGAAAACAGCUGAGAUUUCUAGCAGAGCUGAAAUUGGCGGACAUGUAACAGAGCACAAAUGGCUUUUUACGAUGCCUUGAGAGAGAGAGGGGGGUCCCAGAGGAGAACAUCACCUGGAUAAUUUUGAAAUUAUCCCUUAUUAAAAGACUUAAUGCAAUCUCUCCCUGUGUCAACCCCUGAUCAAAAUAUUGCCUUAUUAGGUGAUUGAUUAUUCCAGACAUUCUAAUGACCAAAGUUGCGUCUAUACAGAAUGAGAAAUAGCCCCAAAGUCAGCAUAUCACAAGUCUCUUGGCGCACCUGAAUGAACCAUUUCUCAGCUGUUUUCUCGAGAUCAUGAAAUAACGGUUUUGUUUUCUCGAGAUCUCGAAUUAGUUAUGGUGUUUUCUCGAGAUCCUGAAUUAAUUAUGUCGUUAUCUCGGGAUAACAAGGUGAAUUAAAAAAAAAGGAUUAUAUGAAGGGCAUCUCUCGGCUUCCGUACGUAACUGAAAUCCUUCACAAACUCAAUUUGAUUGUGGCCACGUUCGCUUUACGCUUACAAAUGUAGAGAAACCUAAAGCGUCACUGGGUCGUCCGUAGCGAUACGUUUGUUUUCCGUUAUGGGGAUUUUGAUCACCGUGCGGGAUUGUGAACGCCCGAUUCCGUGUUUUUAGAAACACCAGUCGGUUUGCACUUUAACCUCCUAGGGCUUAGUGGUCACAUGCGUGGACAGCACUUUAUGGAAAUUCGGAACAAGAAUCCACAUAUGUGGACAUACUUUUUCUCUAAAAGUACAUCUUAUCAAAAGAUGAUGCUUAGUUUUUAUUCUAAUCAGGUUCUAAUAAGCCCAAAUGGCGAAGAGAAAUAAAAACAUGCAUGUAAAAAAAAAAAAGCUUGGGCCUUAGGAGGUUAAUAUUCUAAAUCCAUGCAUGACGAGCGAGCACUACACGUUUUCCACUGCGCCAGUACCACCGACUUCGAUCUGUUUAAGUAAUCGCACUUUCGUUCCUUAAGUUAGGUUUGAUCAGUGCGGCUUCGUUACUAUUUUGUUUCCGAGCAUUUUAUCCUUGCGCGUUUUUAAUGGUAUUAAAAGCAGCUUUGUGUAACAAGGAGGCAGAGCAGCUUGAGCGCUUGGCCACCACACGAUCCAUCUAUAAAAACGGUGCAGUUUCACUUCAAGCACAGCGACGUGGUUCCUGGAACGAGGUCCGAUAUCGGUUUGUAGUCGAGAUCGCAGCCCUUGAUGACUCCGUGUCCUGCCAGGUGUUUGAAGAGUUUUUACUGUAAAUACGCAGCAAAGAGCAAAUUCCUCUCAGAACGCACACAUCCGGUCAGCUUUGUACAAUUCUUUUUGUGCCGUCAUGGCAACCGGUAGUCAUGUAAAGAUACGAGAGACCAGCGCUGAAUGGCGUGCGGUUAAGGUUAAGAACAGAGGUCGCUUUGCUUGGUUCGGUUCUUCGCACGCUGUCAGUCAAAGCCAUAGCAACGUCCUAAAAACCGUUUCCUUAACGAAGCUGCAGGCAUGCAAGCAAACGUCCGUUAACAAGAAAUACAGAGCUGAAGAUUGCGUCCAGGUGAUCAUUCAGCACGGGUUUGGAAGUCUCGCCGAGAACAUUUGGGUCCAAUCUGGACUGUGAAGUGGCGCAACAUGGCGGCUCAGGAGCGCAGAUGGCCUCACUGAGUAAUCCUGUAGGUGUGCACGCGCACAGAUGGGAAAGGAACUAGACAUUUGUUAGCGGCUGUGUGUCUCUCCAGUCAGCUCCAAAAUUAUUGGCACCCUCGGUAAAGCAAGGUUGUGAAAUCUAAACUUGAUAUGUUCUGACCAGGAGAAAGAACCUCACGCCUGCGGGCGUUUUAGCCCAGCCAGUUCACUUAGCAAUCGUCCAUGGCUUCCUGUUUCAUCCCAAUAAUUCUGGAGCCAGGGUUUCCUAAUAGGUCUGUACUUUUCAUCUUUUAAUUUCAUGUCAAUGACCGACCCUCCCCACUUUUUAUUUUGUUUUAAUUUAUGCUCACAUGUACAGUAGGUCGUCUUUUUUUUUUUUCUUUAAAGUGCCAUUCCACCAUUGGAUGUAUUCUUUGGCAUAAAAUACAAUAUAUUU